AUGUCCUGGACUCUGGUCUUGCUCACGCUGCUCACCCACUGCACAGGUUGUGGCUCUCAGCCUGUGCUGCAUCAGCCACCAUCUGUGUCCUCGUCCCUGGGAACCACAGUCCGUCUCACCUGCACCCUGAGCAGCGACCAUUACGUUGGCAUCCACAAUGUCUACUGGUACCAGCAGAGGCCUGGCCACCCUCCAAGGUUCCUGCUGAGAUACUUCUCACACUCAGACCAGAGCCAGGGCCACAAGGUCCCCCCUCGCUUCUCUGGAUCCAAAGACGUGGCCAGGAACAGGGGCUAUCUGAGCAUCUCUGAGCUGCAGCCUGAGGACGAGGCUAUUUACUACUGUGCUGUGGGGGCCCAGGAAUCAGAGAGGGAGGUGGAAAGGGAGCAGGAGGAAGAAAAGGAGCCUGCUGCUUCAGGGUCCCAGGCACCCUCGGGCACACUUACUUUGAACUAA